GUGGACGUAAGGAAAACCACAAAAUAGAUCCGUCGAAUAUCCAACCUGAAACUGUCUUUACCUCGGUCUAUGGACAAACAUUAAGAAUAAGCUACGUGCCCUGGUCAAAACAAACACUCGACUUCAGGAGAAAAAUGAAUAUUCUACCUAAAAAGAGCUGGCAUGUUCGCAACAAGGACAACGUCGCGCGCGUUCGUCGGGACGAGGCACAAGCCGCAGAAGAGGAGCGAGAGGUCCAACGCCGUGUGGAGCGAGCAGAGCAGGAGGCACGAACAGAGCACCUGAGACAGAAGUCACGAGCUGCACUUCAACAGUCUGGAGGAUGGAAGGAUGAGGGAGGUGAGAGAGGAGGGGAGGUGAGUGGAGGAGUGGUGGAACACCUCAAUCUAUUUCCUCUGGAGGAGUCGUCUGAGAAGAAAGGAAACGCAGAGUACCUCAAAGACCAGAAAGAUGAAAAGGAGCGCGAGGAGCGUGCUAUUGGUCUGCUAGUGUCCCUAGGCCCCCAACCUGGGACAGAGGUAACUCCAUGGUACAUGAAAACAGGCCAUGAAGAAGAGAAAGAUGAAGAAAAGAAGAAAGAGAAAGACAACAAAGGAAAGAGACUGCCACUCAGUCAAGAGGAGAAGGAGAAGAGAGACAGACGACUGAAAGACAUGCUGGACCCCUUGAAAGAGAUGAAGAAAGCACUGGCGGUGAAGGAUAGAAAAGAACAUAAGAGUAAGAAGAGGGAUAGAGGGCAGAGGAGAAGCAGUGGUGGAGAAAGCUCUAUUGAAAGGUUGCGAGCAGAGCGGCUGCAGAGAGAGGCGGAGGAGAAGAGGAGAGCCCAGGCCCUGCUGGACCAGAAGAAUGGAACAGGGAAAGAGAAGGAGCGACCAAGGGAGACAGAGGAGAGGGAAAUGCCGUACAACAGUGCUUAUUUCCCAGAGCUGGCCCGCAAGAGGCAGAGAAAAGACCGCAAUGCCUGGAAAGAUGGCAUUUUUUGAAGUCAUACAGCAUGCACUCUCAUUGUUCGGGCAACAGACACAGAACAUUGAGGCAUUCAAGAUACAUUUAUUAGUAUGUGAAAGACACCGAAGACUUCGACAAGGACUAGAGAGCCUGGAAGGUUAUUCAGUUGUAUUGUUGUGAAAUGUGAGCCAGUGCUUUUAGCUUAUUCUUGCAGUAACAUGGAGGAGUUGUGCGUGUAAGUAUAUACUGUAAGUUGUUGAACUAGUGAAGAUGUGUACAAAAAUAGCUCAAAAUGCUACAUUGUUUAUUUAUAUAACAUCUAGGCUAUCCUGAGUAUCCUAGGCAGACGUAUUAAUGAUUGUUGUCAUUGAAUGAUCAAUGUUAUUUCUAAUGAGGUAGAAAAGGAAAGAACCAAUCAAGGGAUUUGGGACAGCUGAGUGUAGUGUUGGUGUCUGUCUGGCACCCUGCUCAAGUGUGAGACAAUACAGAGAACAUUUUGCUCCACAACACAAGACCACUGUUCAAGUUGGAGUGUGUUUGAUGUUUUACUAUUGAUGACAACAUUGUGUCACAAAUGUAAUUGUGUCAAUUCAAGUCUGUCAAGUCUAUUUUGUUUCUGAUAAUAGCAUGUGCCAAUUUGGGAGGUGUGUGUGUACAUGCAUCUGUUCUAUUUAACUAUCCGAUGUAGACAGAGUUUAGGGUGGUUGGCCCAACUAUUAUUGCACAUUUUCCAUUUCAAUUAAUUCAAUAAAAAUGAUAGGCCUGCCAAAUA